AUGUCCGCGAGUAGUUCUAAUUAUGUGCCCUGCACAGGUGGCCUGGGCUACAUCGGCUCACACACGGUGAUCAAGCUUCUCGAGAAAGGUUAUCGUGUCGCCGUGCUCGAUAACUGCGCAAACAGUUCUCCGGUGGUGCUGGACCGGAUUGCGAAGAUCAUGGGUAAGGAUGGCCUUGUCAAGUUCUUCAAGCUGGAUUUGCUGGAGAAGGAGAAAGUCAUGGAGCUUUUCAAAGCGGAGAAAUUUGAUGGAGUAUAGUUUGUUACUCGUCAGGUGGAUGUUUAUACUUUUUCGCAAGCUUUGUAUUUGCUUUGAAGUGGUCGCGCCUCUGGAGUUUCAAGUAGAUGGUGAAGUACUCAUCGCAGCACUUUUUUUCUGCCUUUGCGCAGAUGAAAGAGUGAAAAUAGAAGCUGUUUUUUGUAGUAUUUAAGUGCGAUCAUGAAAUUCUCUCAGGUGAUCCACUUCGCGGGCUACAAGGCGGUCGGGGAGAGCGUGGCGAAGCCCCUGGAGUACUACCACAACAAUUUGACGGGAACCCUGUACCUGUUGGAGGCCAUGAAGGCUGUCCCCAACUGCCGCCGGUUGGUGUUCAGUUCCAGCGCUACCGUCUACCAGCCCAGCGAGGUUCCUCUCGACGAAGGUAAGCCUCUAGGACCCUCGAACCCCUACGGGCAGACGAAGUUCAUGAUCGAACAGUUUCUGCAGGACCUCUGCGUUUCAGACGCCACCUUUGCGGUGGACAUUUUGCGGUACUUCAACCCGGUGGGCGCGCACCCCAGCGGUUUGAUUGGGGAGAACCCGACCGGGCCGCCCAACAACCUGAUGCCCUUCAUUCAGCAAGUGGGUGUGGGGCGCCGCGAAAAGCUGACGGUGUUCGGCGACGACUGGCCCACUCCCGACGGCACCGGCGUUCGGGAUUACCUUCACGUUGACGACCUCGCGGACGGCCACCUUGCGGCCUUGCAGUACAUAGACGGAAAAACUGGUAAGUGCAACAUGAUAUCGUCGACCCCUGCCUGGCAAGUCAACCAAGUUGGAGCCGUUUCACAUUAUUUUCUGAAAGUAGAAAGGCGAAAAAAGAUACAUAGAUUCUUGUUGUCCGAAUGUAAAAACUCGCAUAAAAGUUUUUGGGCAACUACCGAAGUAGGCAACAUACACAGAAGUAGAAGUUGCUGCAAUGUUCGAAAAUUGCUGAAAAACUUUCAGGGUGCUUCGUACACAACUUGGGAACGGGAAGCGGCGUCAGUGUUUUGGAGAUGGUAGCAGGAUUCGAAAAGGCCAGCGGAGUGAAGAUUCCCUAUGUGAUCGGACCGCGGCGUCCGGGUGACUUGGCGACCGUCGUUGCUGACCCAGCCAAGGCACAAACGGAGCUACAGUGGAAAGCAACGCGCAGCAUCGAGGAAAUCAUGAACUCGGCCUGGAAAUGGCAAAGCGGGAAUCCGGAAGGGUACCCGAAGGCGUAA